UUCCACAAAUUAGUGCCCUAUAAGUCGUAAAUUCGUAAUAGGAUAGUCUGUCUCUCCAAAACAAAUCAACAUCAAAAGUUGUUUUGAUACAGUCUUUUUACCCUUUUUACCAAAAAUAAUAAUGAAGUUCUUUUCAAGGAUGUAUGACGCCUGAUGCCAACAAUUUUAAUAGUCGUCAUGAGUAGCCCUAUGUUUUGGGGCGUCCAUUUGGCUUGUUUAAUAUUUCUACUGAGUUGUUUCAGCUCCUCAAAUCCCCAGCUUGUCAUCAACAUAAAAAAUCAGGGUGGAGAUGUGCUGCAGGAAGUGUUAGCUUCUAAUGUCAGCGAGGAUGUUGUUCAACUUGAGUACCAGAGAGCUGAUGGUACAAUAGUUACACAGAUGCUGGAUUUUCGAAAAGAGGUGCAAAUCUACCGUCUCUUGAUUCUGGCUGAAGAAGAACAGCUGCCUCUAAAGAGUUUCCAGCCUCCAUAUUAUCAGGCUGUUUGCUUUGCUGCUAAAUUGUCUAAACAAGAUUUUAUUGCUGCAGAUGCCAUUGCUAAACUUCGCCAGAAAAAUCCACAUACUGUAAGGUAUCCAGAGGAGGAUAAUGGGCGUGAGAAUGCCACAUUUGAAUACACUUUGGAUGUGUCUAGAUCUAACAUUAUAUCCAACCAAAUUCAACAAUUAUGUAUAAAUGCAACAGCAAUAUAUGUCCAGGAGACUGAUUUAAGAUUAUGGGCAGCAAUUGGAAAUCCAAAUGAAGCUUUUAUGGUCCUUGAUGCUGCCCAGCACAUGGUACGGCCAGCUAGCCGUUGCAAAGAUAUUGCCGUCACAAAUUCGAGCUCAAUGCCCUGCCAAUGCCGGUUAAAUUUUUGUGUUCCUUGGUAUCCUUGUGGACUGAAAUUUUGUCGCGGGCACGAUCAGCAAACUGGUAAGGCCCUCAGCUAUCGGUGCGGUAUCAAAACGUGCAAAAAGUGCCUCGACUAUUCAUUUCCAGUGAAGAACUUUCUAUUUUGUCCGUGGGAUGACUAUUAACCAAACACUUAAAAUUCCUUUUCGGGAAAAAUUGAAGUAUUGAUCAAAGUGCCUCGUGAAGCUUUUUAACUAUUUUACAAGAUAGAAUCAAGAGCCAAUUGUGCGUGUUCCAGUCUUCCAGCACUGUCCGUUGAUGCACACAUGUGUACACUUUCCUAUCUGCUUUGUAAUUUACUUACUUUUCCCCCAUGGUUCCUUUUCGUUGGAGAGAAUAUUAAUUUGAAAAGCCAAUUUUACUGCAAAAAUAAAAAAAAUUUCAAUUCAACUCAUUGUGUAUAAUAAUCGCAAAUUGAUACGAAAAUGGAUCUAAAUGGAAUGACGAGCAAAAAAAGAAAAAGAAAAUCUUUCUUUCACCGAAACUGAAACUUCUCUUUACAAUCGAUUCUUGCUUAAUUUAGUGUUUUCUUUUUAAUUAAUCCAAUAUUUCCCCAAAAUAACAGCGACAAACAGGCGCGUACAAGCUGUUUACACGAAGAAGGAGGGAGGAGUUGGCAUUUUUAAAAAAUAGUGAUAGAAAAAAAUCAACCCUUU